UCUUGUUAACCGGACUCAAACAAGCCAUGGGAGGAGGAAACGCCCAGAAGUCGGCCACCGCCCGCGCGCGGAACGAGGCGAAGAAGGCCAAGGCCGGAAAGGGGUCUCAGCUUGCAGUCAACAAGGCCGCACAGAGCAUCGUCUGCCAGGUCUGCCGCCAGUCGUUCAUGUCCGUGUCGAACGACGCCAUGCUCGCAGACCACGUGACCGCCAAGCAUAACAAGAAGAAGACCCCGGCCGAGUGCUUUCCGGGUCGGCUGAGCUGAUCUACCUAUCGUCGUGUUCUUAUUUCCUCGCGUAAUAUCCCCCGGCGGGCGAGAACGCACGGGACAAGGAGUGCCACCUUUCUUCCAGGAUGGGGGGGAAGAGUGCACCGUUCCGCACAAGGGCAUGCGGGAAGAAUAUGGUUUGAGUUCACCACUCCGCACGAGGACAUGGCUAGAGUUCACCACUCCGCACAAGGGCUUUGGUGGCUAUUUUGGUGGCUUUGGUGUUAAUUUCGGGGACAAGUUGUGCGGGGAUGAAAAAAAUGCUAAAUAUGUUCUCCGGCGGCAUCCUUCUUUUUUUUUUUUUGUGUUUUGUAGAGGUGAGGCCCGUGGAGCAGACACACUGGCGGCUGAGCCUGACUUCGGAGCGCAGCGGUUGUGUGGGCAGGUGUUUUUGUUAGGGGGUGAGUGAGAUGUUCGGACCGAUUUCGCAUAUGUGCUCGCUGGUGUUGAUAUUUGCUGCGGAUCCAUGUGCGCGAUAUUGUACUAAAAAGGAGAGCUCCGUUUUGGAGGAAGAGUGGUUGGGGGGUUGAGCCUGGUGGUGACAAGUGCUGGCGGUGGAGUAAGCAUGUGUAAAAUUGGAUUGAAGAGGAAACGGCCCUGAAAAAGCGUGGAGAGUCUCCGGACUGGUUGCUUCCAUUUCCGGGAUACCUUUUUUCAUUGCCGCGUGCUGGAGGAGUUGUAGUUCGUGCCGCACCGGCCGUGGCCGCUUGUCCUUGGCGGGAAAGGCCAACACCCCUCGCAAGCAUCGCUGCGAUGCCACCCUCACCCCUCUCCCCCGGGGCGGACGCGUAUAUUGUAGGGCUUCCUAAAUAGAUGCUACAUUGAAAGCUUUUGAUAGGUGACGAGUUUGAGCGAUAGGCCCAGCGCGAGGCUGUGUCUGCAGGACCUGCCUAAAACGGAGUAUUUUCUUUGGAUUCGGGCACGUUCCGCCGACAUCGCCGUCCGCUCUCCUCCAUUGGCCCGUGUAGCUUGGGUGUGGUGACUCCUUUUGACGGCUCCUCCUUGUUAAUAUUUAUUGCAGAAGCAU